UUUGGAUUAUAUACCGAGGAAGGUUAAAAUGCCAGUCCGGAAAGAUUGUAGUCGUGCUCUUCAUAUCUUAACGAAAUACAGACGUCAGUUAGAUGAAAAAACCGACAGGUCCUUUCGAAACGCUGUUGAUAAAUUAAUAAACACAUUGGAAAGUCAAUUAUUUUCAUCACUAAUGGAUGUUCUGGAGGUUUACGAAGUUACUUUAACAGGAAACAAUAAAGAGUUUACGAGUGAACAAGCAUCAGAUUCAGUUAAUUUUUAUCACAGUGGAUCAAAUAUUUCUUCUGGUAAUCAGUCACUGCCAAAGCCUCUGAGCCCUGAUCGUGUUUCAAUGAAAGGGGAAUGGGAAUAUCUGGAUAUUAUACUUAAACGUGAUUCGGCCGCAGUAGGUGGAUUUGGUUUUAGUAUUGCCGGAGGAAUUGAUAAUCCUAUUACCGACUUGGAUCAUGGGAUUUAUGUCACGAGAAUAGCCCCCAAUGGAUGCGCGGAUCGAGAUGGUAAACUAAGGGUUGAUGAUCAAAUCCUUAGUGUCAAUGACAUCAGUUUAGAGCAUGUUACAAAUAUGGAAGCAGUGAAAACACUAAGACAAGCUGGUAAUCAACUACAUUUAGUUGUAAGACGAUUUGUUGGUAAUACUGGAGUAACAACACCAGAUAGAACAGUUGUACAACAUUCUCCAUCCUUUCGAUCACCAGAAGUUAUGUCUGAUUUAGAAGACAGUGGUUCAACUCCAAUAUGGUACGAAGUCCAACUCCGUAAACCACAUUCAAAUUAUGGCCUCGGAUUCAGUAUUGCUGGUGGUCAAGAUGUUGAAAAUGAUAACUUCCCUUCAACUGGGAUAUUUAUUACACGUAUUAGUCCAGGUGGGUUAGCCGAUUUAGAUGGUCGUAUCAUGCCUGGUGAUCAGUUAAUGCAAGUGAAUGAAAUUGACCUAAGUCAUGCUACUCAUGAAGAAGCUGUUCGAAUACUUCGUAAUGCAGGUGAUAUUGUAAAUUUAGUGUUAACACGUCAACGAGUAGAGAGUUUUGAUGAACCUGGUUCGUUAGAGCAUUCAACAAAUGCUGAAUUAACACGUAAAUAUCAAAUAAGUAGUAAUCGAAAACUUUCAUAACAAAUGCUUAAUAAACACAUGCAUAUCAUAUUUCUUAAAGUAUUUAUUGCCCAAUCAUUUCGUUCUACAUCAAGAAAAAACUGUAAAUAAUUACGUACAUGUAUAUCAAACUUUUUAUAUCCUUUUUUAUGAUAGAGUACCGCUUUUCUAAAUAAAAUUAAUGAAAAUCUUUUAGAUUACACAAGAUUAUUUUCACCUGGGAUAGAUGUUCGUAAUUGUGUGUCAUCGAAGUUGAAUAAUUUGUUGGAACUCCAUUUUUAUCGUGUUCACUUUAAAGCUAUUCCUUUUGGUGCCAAUAGAAAAUAUGUAUUUGUUAUUAGGUUCAUGAUACAGUUGUUCACUGAAAAAUAAGUGUUAUAUAUCAGGAAGCUUAUGCAGAAUUCAAAAUAGUAAAGAGACAAAGUGUGUAACAGCAUCACUUAGUUAUGUGCGUCCUAAAGUCUGACAAAGCAUCCAUCGACUUAUAAUUAUUAAAAC